GGAUUGUGAUAUUGUGGAGGAUGAUUCAGUGAUCCAGCAUUCGUGACCCUUCAGAGAAAGCCCAUCACAUCGUAAACAAAGGAAAGUCUCGUCCAUGUCGUCACCGCCGGGCGAAAGUCUGACCCGAACAUGCUCGACAUCCUUUCUCAUCGAAGUGAAUGUCGCCAUUCACCGCUGAUCCACUGAACCAGGUGCACAAAUACUAGCUUCUCCGAGAACCUUGUGAAUUCUAGGAUGCCAUAUAGAUAUCGGUGACACGCAACUUUGAGGGUGCAAAGCGAAAUAUCGAGGACCUCUUGGCGAAUACCUGUUCCCUGCAACCAUGUGUCGAUUUGUCGUAUACAAAGGCAUAGCUCCGAUCAGGCUCAGCGAUCUGGUCACCAAGCCCAUCCACAGCAUCACCAACCAGACUUUCGAUUCCAAACUCCGAUUCCCUUCUUCGAGACCCUUCAACGCGGACGGGUUCGGGAUCGGGUACUACGAACCCCCUCAGGCGUCUGAUGUGCCUGAAUAUUCUUCCAUCGAAGAAUCUGACGCAGGCUCAGAAGGCGACCAGGACGAAAAUGUAGGGGAUAGAUCGCAAGGUGCUACAUUGGUGGCAUACGAAGGUGGGAAUGACGGUCCUCAAGUGAAACAGCAAGAAGUCCAGAUCGGAGCGGAAAAAGUUACGGGGAGCGACAGGGUCAAGAGAAAACUCGAACUCGCUGCGAUCGAGAGCGAACGGCCUGGACUCUUCAAGAGCAUACAUCCUGCUUGGAGCAACGCCAAUCUGAUCAGGCUGGCAGAGAAGAUUAGAUCCCCGCUCGUCUUCGCCCAUGUGCGGGCCAGUACGAUGCCUGGAGCUCCCAGUGAAGACAAUUGUCAUCCUUGGACGUUUGGGAAGCUCAUGUGGAUGCACAAUGGGGCCAUCUGCGAUUUCAACCUGAUCAAACGAAAACUACAGGGAAUGUUGACGGACGAGCUCUUCUUAUUCCCGAAUGGAUACACAGAUAGCGAAUGGGCGUUUGCGCUCUUCUUGAGCAAGCUGAAAGACCCCCAUGCCCGAACAUUUACCACUCUGGAGCUCCGCAAAGCCAUGUUCGACACCUUGGCCGAUAUCAACAGGAUGACCAAGGAAGUCGCGGCGGAGACGGGACAUCGGUUCGAUCCCCAUCUCAUGAACUUUGUCGUCUCUGAUGGUGAGAAUGUCGUAGCCACAAGAUACGUCUCCAGCAAGACGGACGAGGCUUCCUCCCUGUUCUUCUCUUCGGGCACGACCUUUGAAGAAUACGCCGAAGGUGGACAUUACAGGAUGACCAAGGCAGACAAGAGGGAAGAUAUCAUCAUGAUCGCCAGCGAGCCGUUGACGUUUGAACAGCGAGAUUGGAUGGAGGUGAAGAAUAAUACGAUGGUCGUCAUCACGCCGAAGAUGAACGUUCUGCAGAUACCCAUCAUGGACGAAUACUGGGUGCCCCCCGAGGCCAACAUUCGGACCACCGACUAUGCCGUCGCACAGGGAUACGGUCACGGUUUCAUGAAGUCGCCUGCGUCGAAAGACGAGAUUGCGACGCAUUGAUCGUGGGAUAGAUCAGAUAUGGCGGAAUGAAGGCUGGAGCAAGCAUUAGUCAUAGCAUAGCAGGGCAUUGUACGAUACAUCAAACAGAUCUUCACGCAUAAUCAAGCAUCGGCCAGGCGGAGAAUAGCUGUAGCAGAAGCUGGGAAACUUCGUGUGCUCGAUGGCAUCAUCCUCUUCUUCUAUACACACACAUUUACAUAAAGUUCAUCGAUAUCUCACGAGCGACAAAUAUGAGGAGAUAUGCCUAUACACGGUAUCCCUCCCCACUGAUCUCCGAAUGGAUCCCACUCCAGACACCUCUCGCCGACUCUGCACCCGGACCAGCUUCCAACUGGAUGUUCUUGAGGUGCUUGAUCUUGCCGCCGCCUGAUGAUAGAAUCAGUUCGAGCUGUGUGUAGUCCAUAUUGAUGG